AUGCUUGCUUCAUCUGAGAAGUUAACGGAUUCAACUACAACAAGAAAUCCCAAGGAAUGCCCACUUGGUUGGACUUAUUUAUCAAAUCAGUGCAUUAAAAUAUAUCCUCAAGCGUUUGACGCUGAUAGAGCUUCUAUUAUUUGCCAAAACACUGGAGCCAUAUUAUUGACGCUAAAUGAAGAUGAUGAAAUGUUCAAUGAAAUGUUCAAAGAUACCGUCGAUCUACUUAAUGUAAUUAUUAUAACUUUUUAA